AUGAAAUUCGGGAAAGAUUUCAAGAAACAAAUGGUGCCUGAGUGGGCAGAAGCCUACAUGGAUUACAAUGGUCUGAAGAGGAUACUAAGGGAGCUCAGAGAAUACAAGCGAAACAAGCACUCCGUAACACCCUCCAAAGACUUUGAGCGGAGACGUUCUCCCCCGCACAGAACCAUCAGUGGGACUGAGCUACAAUCUGGCAGUCUCCGGAGCAACGGAGAUAUCGAGGACCAAGUAAUCGAUGUCAACACAUUGCAGGGAGACGGUUGCAGAGAGGUUUACAAGACCAAGUUUCUGAGGCAAUCCGAAGAAGGAGGAGAUAUUGAGGCGACAUUCUUCCGAAAACUGGAUCAAGAGCUCAACAAAGUCAAUACCUUUUAUAAUGAUAAAGUGGAGGAGGUGAAGAAAGAAGCAAAUAAUCUGGAUAAGCAAAUGGAGGCUUUGGUUGCACUGAGAUUAAAAGUCAAGAAGCUUGAUCAAUACGGCUCUCGUUCAAAGAGACAUAACAAUUCUGCAGUACACCUGACAAGUAAUAAGUCAAGUGCAGAUGACAACUUAGAAAAUGAGCCUAUUGGUUUGGCAUCUGGAUUGCAAGUAAAUGAGGAGCAUCGACCAGAACCAAGCACUGGUGGUUCAGAAGUCAAUCCGAACCAUGUCAAGAAUUCUAGUAGUGACGGAAGAGAGUUAUUGAAAACCUAUACCCAAAAAGAAGAUCCUAUGGAGGUUCUUGAGCAUGUGAGGAUUACCAAUACGCUUGAAUCUCCAAUAUCGACCAUAAAAGGUGUUUUCAAGGACACUAGGGAAGAAGAGUUGAGCUUUGAUAAAGAGGAGCUGAAGAGAGUGGAAGAACGUUUAAGAGCUGCGUUCAUUCAAUUUUACCACCAGCUUCAACUGCUAAAGCACUACAGUUUUAUGAACCUCUCAGCAUUUUCGAAGAUUAUGAAAAAAUAUGAGAAGAUUGCAUCAAGGAGAGCGGCCAGAUCAUACAUGCUAAUAGUAGACAACUCUAAUGUUGGCAGUUCUGAUGAGGUCACUAACCUGUUGGAGAGAGUGGAGACUACCUUCAUACAAAAAUUUUCAUACUCAAAUCGCAGGGAAGGUAUGAAGUCACUGAGGCCAAAAGCUAAAAGAGAAAGGCACAGUGUAACAUUCUUCUCCGGUUUCUUUUCUGGCUGCUCAAUUGCACUACUGGUAGCUAUUGUUUUAAGAAUUGAAGCUCGAAAACUACUGGAUAAGGAGGAGGGUGCAGAGUACGUGGAAAACAUUUUCCCACUUUACAGUUUAUUUGGAUACAUCACUCUACAUAUGCUCAUGUAUGCUGCAGAUAUAUAUUUCUGGAGGCGUUAUCGGGUCAACUAUGCCUUUAUAUUUGGUUUCAAGAAAGGAACGGAGCUGGGCUACCGCGAAGUUUUUCUCCUUGCCACUGGUCUUGCAGUACUUUCAUUGGGUGGUUUCCUGGCAAACUUACACUUGGACUUGAGUGCUGAAAAAUACAAGACAGUGACAGAAUUGGUUCCCUUGGGUUUACUUGCUUUGGUCCUUGCCAUCACCUUCUGCCCUUUCAAAAUUAUAUACCAUUCAAGUCGUUUCUUCUUCAUUGGAUCCUUGUUCCGCUGCACAUGCGCCCCUCUUUACCCGGAGACAUUUCCAGACUUUUUCUUGGCUGAUCAGCUUACAAGCCAGGUGCAAGCGCUGAGGAGUUUUGUGUUAUACGUUUGCUACUACGGUUUGGGAGAAUCUUCAAGGAGGCAAAGCAAGUGCCGUAGCCAUGGUCUCUACAAUACGUUAUAUUUCAUUAUUGCUGUCGUACCAUUUUGGAUGCGCUUCCUACAGUGCAUUCGUCGAUUCUGUGAUGAGAAGGAUGUGAAGUACAUUUGCAAUGGUUUAAAGUACUUAUCAACAAUCGUUGCAGUUAUUAUACGAACUGUUUAUGAAAUGAAAAAGGGAAAGACAUCCUGGAUGGUGUUAGCUUUGAUUAGCUCAGCUGUCGCAACAACAAUGAAUACGUACUGGGACAUUGUAAUGGACUGGGGCCUUCUGCGAAAGACAUCAAAGAACAAGUAUUUGAGAGAUAGACUUGUAGUUCCACACAAGAUCGUAUACUUUGCAGCCAUGGUCUUGAAUGUGGUAUUGAGACUUGCUUGGAUGCAGUUGGUGUUGGAAUUUAAAUUGCGUACCGUUAAUAAAAUGACAAUAACAACUAACGAGCACUUGAACAAUGUAGGCCAGUACCGCGCUUUCAAGUCAGUCCCUCUUCCUUUCAGUUACUACGAUGAGGACGCCGACAAGGAUGACUAAGCAUGACAGUCUCGCUCCAUUCAUGCACCCGAGUAUAACGAAGCAGCAAACCAAGAACAAAUGUACAAUCUGUGGUUAAUUGUAGACAAUU